UUGGUCAAGCUUCUCUUGUGCUCAUGUUCUAUCUGGGAAUUCUCCGGCACCUCAGACUAGCCAAGUUCAAUUUCAGAAUUUCUCGACGCAAGCUGCUGGUCCAGUCUCCGGUACUAGUCUCGCUGGAAAGUGGAAACUUCUUCAUUAUUGCAGCAGCCUACAACACUGUCGGUGUAAGUUUCCCUUGCAAUUCACAUCCCAAUCCCAGGCAGCUUCUCAAUUUGCAGAGACGUCGUCACAGAUCAGGAAAGCAACGACAUAGCAAAGCAGUUGUGUACAAGGAGCCUCAACCUCAAGAGGAGCACGGGCAGUUUCUCCAUCUCCGGUGGCCAUAACAGCUGCACAAGCACAAGCGGCCGGGUUCGUCAUUUGGAAGAUGGAUGCUGGGGCUCUAGCGAGUGCUUCAACAGGGGUGAUGAACUCCCUGCUCGCCAAGCUCUCUGCAAUGGUUGAGGCGGAGUAUGAGCUCCUUGGAGGCACCAAGUCCGACAUCGCUUUCCUGAGGAACGAGCUCAGCAGCAUGAACGCCCUGCUUCAGAAGCUGGCAGCAGCGGAGAAACUUGACGUGCAGGUACAGGUUUGGAGGGACAACAUACGGGAACUAAGCUAUGACAUCGAAGAUUGCAUCGACAUGUUUAUGCUGAUGCAGAAGAAGCUUAACCACGGUGACAGUCACAGUACUGACACCAGCAUCAAGGGCAAGACAGGUAAUUUUGUUAAGAUGAUAAUUGGUAAGGUUAAAAAGCUAUGGUCAGGCUUCCAGAUGGCUAACCAGAUUCACGAGCUCAAGGCUCGUGUGGUUGAGGAGAGUGAGCGUCGCUUGAGGUACAAGUACGACGAAUCCAUCUCUGUCGCGGGCAAAGUGGAGAUUGAUCCACGAUUGCCAGCGCUGUAUGUGGAAGCAGAGAAACUUGUUGGUAUCGACGGUCCUAUGCAGAAUCUCAUGGAUUGGUUGAUGAAAGACGGCUCGACACAACAACAGCUUAGAAUGGUGUCUAUCGUGGGUUUUGGAGGCCUCGGCAAAACAACUCUCGCGAACCAAGUGUAUGGCAAAAUCAAGAGUCGAUUUGAUUGUACAGCUUUUGUACCAGUUUCGCGAAGUCCCAUCAUAAAGAAGAUACUCCGUGAUCUGCUUACAGAACUGGGUAGUAGUAAGAGUCAUUCAUCAUCAGACGACGACGAUGAGCGGCAACUCAUAAAUGAGGUCAGAGCAUACCUACAAGAUAAAAGGUACUUAAUCGUUGUUGAUGAUAUCUGGAGCACAGUUGCAUGGGAAUUUAUGAAGUCUGCUUUACCUGAGAAUAAAUUGUGCAGUAGAAUAAUUACUACUACAAGACAUUCUGAUGUAGCCAGAUCAUGCUGCUCAAGUUAUGAAGGAUAUAUUCACAACAUUCAGCCUCUGAGUGACCAGGACUCCUCAAUGCUGUUUUAUAACAGAGUUUUUCAAAGGCAGUCCUCCUGCCCGCCUCAUCUGGAAGAAGUCUCUCUGUCAAUAAUAAAAAGAUGUCAUGGUCUGCCACUAGCUAUAAAUACAGUAGCUAGUUUGUUAGCUAACAGAUCAAAUGAUAUAGACCAAUGGGAGCAAGUUCGAGAUUCUAUGGUUUCUGGACUUCAUUCACAACUAGUUCGAGAUAUACUCAUGCUUAGCUACUAUGAUCUUCCACAUCAUCUGAAGUCCUGCUUCUUAUAUCUUUGUAUAUUUCCUGAAGACUGUAAGAUUGCAAGAGAAAAGCUAAUAUGGAGAUGGAUAGCUGAGGGGUUCAUCACAAAUGAAUUUGGACAAACACUGGAUCAAACAGGAGAGAACUACUUUAAUGAUCUUAUCAACAGAAGCUUGAUUCAACCUAUUGAUAUAAUGUAUAAUGGGAUGGCUAGAGCCUGCCGACUCCAUGAUACGGUGCUUGAUCUUAUCAUUUCACUUUCCACAGAGCAGAACUUUGUCACAGUGGUAGAGGGGGAGGUGUUUAAAUGUCCCGCUAACAAGAUUCGCCGGCUCUCUCUCCUAUCCAGCUUUCUGGAAAAUGAUGUACUGCAGGAGAUUAUGAACAAGUGCUCACAGGUACGCUCGCUGAUUAGGUUCCACGUGGCACAUAAAGAAGCCCCUCAUCUGCCAAUAUUUCAUUCUUUAAGAGUAUUGGUUCUACGAUGUACUUGUGCCAACCUUGGUAUUAAUAACCACCACAUUAAAAGUAUCGGGAGCUCUUUGCAAUUGAAGUACCUGGAAAUAGGUUGUCCUAGUAUUACUGAGCUUCCAGAGAACAUUGGAGACCUGCAGUAUUUACAGACACUGGACAUACAUGGCAGCAAAAUUGACAGAUUACCCCCAACCAUAGGCAAUUUGAAAAAUCUGGUGCGUCUACUAGUUGAUUUCAACAUAGAACUGCCAGAUGAGAUUGGCAAUCUGCAAUCGUUACGGAUGCUGUCACAUGCUUAUUCGCAUGGCUCUGUGAAAUUUUUGGAGCAGCUCAGGCGCUUGACUAAUUUAAGAGUCCUUCACAUAAGACUGCAUGGCAGCAAUGAACUCGGUGACCAUUGCAAGUGGAAGUAUCAAGAAGCUUUGGAGUUAUCUCUCACUGUACUGGGUAAACACGGUCUUCAGUCACUCGAGAUUGACACUAAUGCUUACUCAACAAGUAGAGUGAUGGAUCUAUUGUGGUGCAAUGCUACAUCUCUGCGGAAGCUGUGCAACCAGAGUUAUCUUAGUAGCAACAUUCCACAAGGAAUGCAGUGUCUAGUAAAUCUUGCCCAUCUUGACAUCCGUGUCACCCGCAUCAAACAUGAAGAUCUCUGCAUCCUUGGCGCCAUUCCAACUCUGCUCUAUGCCAUGUUGACCUCACUGGAAGCACCGGCUGAAAGGCUUACUAUCGGCCGCCAGCAGUUCUGUUGCCUUAAGGAGUUCAUUUUCAGGUCCUAUGGGGAAGGUGGGCUGAGGAUGGUGGCUGAACAGAAAGCUAUGCCGAGGCUUGGAAGUUUACGGCUUCAUUUUAGAGCAAAGGAAACAGAAUCCAAGACAGGUUUUGAGUUCAACUUUGUGCACCUUGCAAACCUGGAGCAUAUCACCGCCACAAUCGACUGUUACAUGGCCACAAGAAGCAGAGUAGAGGCUGCAGAAGCUACAAUCAGGAACACAGCCAGCAUCCAUCCGGGACAUCCUACACUACAAAUCGAGAGAUUUAGGGAGUAUAGUAUGGUGGAGGGUGAGGACAGGAGGGAAAUGGUUCUGGAGGUGGAAGACAGUACAACAUACGACAAAGGGGUUCAGCAAAAGCAAUCAAGAAAACGCAAGUGUUGCGAGGGCGUACUGCCAUACUAGCUAGUGGGGUUGUGAAAUAAGGAACCUCUCAGUGUUUCAUCACCAUCGUGUUCCAUUCUGUGUAUCAUCAACUAGGAUGAUUAAUUAGCUACUAUGUAUCAUCAAUCAUGAUGGUGCAUAUUGAAGACACUGUUGGAUUACGCGAAUCUCUAGUCGUAGCGAAUGCAAGCAUGCUUAUUAAAUUCGAAUGACUAUA